AUGUGGAUUUUCCUGGCAAUUUCUAUAUUUUCCGCACCAAUUUUGGGAUAUUCGAUUGGCGGUGGAGUUACGGAAAAUCAAGGAACUUAUAACUAUAAUAAUGGUGGAAACAAUGGAAUUGGCGGGGGAGUUCAGGUAAGUCCAGACUCGAGCGCUCUGCGCGAGUGUAGACCGCAAGUUACCGCGUAAGCGGCACUGUCUUCCGCUUUAGCGGCCACGUAGGGCUCAUUGGACACGUGGAAAACCUAAUUGAUCUCAUGUUGCCACGUCAUAGCAAUCCACGUGGCCGCUAAAGCGGAAGACAGUGCCGCUAACGCGGAAGCUUGCGGUCUACACUCGCUUCGCUCGAGACAUUGCUCAUAUUAGGCUCGAGCGCAGCGAGUGUAGACCGCAAGCUUCCGCGUCAGCGGCACUGUCUUCCGCUUUAGCGGCCACGUGGAUUACUAUGAUAUGGCAAACGUCAUAGCAAACCACGUGGCCGCUAAAGCGGAAGAUAGUGCCGCUGACGCGGAAGCUUGCGGUCUAUACUCGCUCCGCUCGAGCUUUGUCUGCCACGUCAUAGCAGAUUCGAGCGGAGCGAGUGUAGACCGCAAGCUUCCGCGUCAGCGGCACUGUCUUCCGCUUUAGCGGCCACGUAGGGCUCAUUGUACACGUGGAAAACCUAAUUGAUCUCAUGUUUAGGUAUUGGACCAGUAGGGGUUGCCACGUCAUAGCAAACCACGUGGCCGCUAAAGCGGAAGACAGUGCCGCUGACGCGGAAGCUUGCGGUCUACACUCGCUCCGCUCGAGACAUUGCUCAUAUUUGGCUCGAGCGCAGCGAGUGUAGACCGCAAUCUUCCGCGUAGCGGCCGAAAGCGCUAUGUAUGUCCCUGGGACACACACUCGCGCUUCCGCGCUCGGAGCCGCUACGCGGAAGCUUGCGGUGCCACGUCAUACCUCGCCCCUUUUCCAGCCCUCCUCCACCAAAACCCUCGGCUCCUACUGCUCCUCGAGCUCCGAUUGUCAAUCGGGUCUAACCUGUCAGGCAUCGGUGAACGGUGUCAAGAUUUGUCUGGGCUCUCAGAGUUAUCCCAACUCGAACCCGACAUCUGGAUGUUCAAGCAACUCCGAUUGCCAGGCUGGAAGUUCGUGUGUGAUUUCGGGAUCGGGAUCGAGAAAUUGUCAGAUCAAUGUUGGGGGAUAUGUGAGACCGACGACAACUAUGGCUAGACAAGGUUUGGCGGCUGGAAAUGGAAUUACUGUAGGGUGAAGAGCGGGGGCAAGUGCGCUCUAUUGAUAAUGAUAAGAAUAUACAUAGUUUUUGAGCAAGUUCGCUCUAAUGAGAAUACCUUUGUAGAUGUGUUUUUGUGUCUAUAUACUCAAGUGCGCUCUAUUGAUAACCUAGUGUUUUCACUCUGAAUUUUAAAAUUUGUGUUUUUAACGUUAAGUGCGCUCUAUUGACAAUCUGCUAGUUUUUUUUGUUAGAAUUCCCAAGCGCGCUCCAUUGAGAACCCUGUGAUUUUCAUAAAAAUUCAAAUUUGCACUGUGUUUUGUGAUUCAUGUAUUUUUGUUUGUGUGAAACUAUAAAGUAUUUGUAUCAUGUCUAUGUGUUUUGUAGUUUGUCUAACUAUUUUUGUUCGAGCGCGGAAGCGCGAGUGUAAACCGCAAGCUUCCGCGUCAGCGGCACUAUCUUCCGCUUUAGCGGCCACGUCGAUUACUAUCAUCCCUUGCCACGUCAUAGCAAUUCACGUGGCCGCUGAAGCGGAAGACAGUGCCGCUUACGCGGAAUCUUGCGGUCUACACUCGCGCAUAGCGCUCGAGUCGAGCGAAGCGAGUGUGUGUCCCUCACAGUAGCUCCCCCCGAACCUUCCUCAUUUUCCAGACCCUCCCAAAAUCCUCGACCCAGCACCCGGUGAUCUCAACUCACCGUGCGAACGAGACUCCGACUGUAACACCGCGCUCUUCUGCACUCUCUACUUUGGCGAAAUGAUCUGUCGACAUCAAAUCAAGGCGCUGAUUCCACUUCGCUGUGAAUCGGAAGCGGAUUGUCCUCCACCCAGCGGCGAAUAUCUGUGUGUAUUCAGCACGGCAGUUCAGGACAGAAUUUGUUAUAAGUAUGGGGAUACGGUGACUGAUGGUUAUGUGAUUCCGAUUAAACAUCGACUUGCGCUAACCUCUACAGUACCACCUGCAGUUCAUGUAGAAGUGGUCAAGGAAUCCAAGGCGGUUUUUGAAGAGCCCGAGGAAUCUCGGGCUAUUUUUGAGGAUUCGGGGAGUGUGGGUAAGUCGAGCGCUCUGCGCGAGUGUAAACCGUAAGCUUCCGCGUUAGCGGCCACGUGGAUUACUAUGACGUGGCAAACCCUAUAGCAAACCACGUGGCCGCUAAAGCGGAAGCUUGCGGUCUACACUCGCUUCGCUCGAGUUUAAUAUGAGCAAUGCCUCGAGCGGAGCAAGUGUAGACCGCAAGCUUCCGCGUCAGCGGCACUGUCUUCCGCUUUAGCGGCCACGUGGAUUACUAUGACGUGGCAAGGGAUGAGUAAUCCACGUGGCCGCUAAAGCGGAAGACAGUGCCGCUGUCGCGGAAGCUUGCGGUCUACACUCGCUCCGCUCGACCCGAGCGCUGUGCGCGAGUGUAAACCGCGAGCUUUCGCGUUAGCGGCACUGUCUUCCGCGAACGCGGCCACGCGGAUUUCUAUGAUCCCUUGCCACGUCAUAGCAAUCCACGUGGCCGCUAAAGCGGAAGACAGUGCCGCUGACGCGGAAGCUUGCGGUUUACACUCGCUACGCUCGACCUUCCAGCCAAACGUCACGACACCUCAAUUCCUCGCGAACCCAUCUAUAUCAAAGUCGACGACGCGGAUCUCGUCAAAAUGUCCUUGUCCAACGAUGCUCCGCCUUUACACCAGGAUGUUUUUGUGGAGGAACCCAUGGACCCGGCAGCCGUGCCUUGUGACAAGGAUUAUCAUGUGAGGAUUUGGCGAGCGCGGAAGCGCGAGUGUAGACCGCAAGCUUCCGCGUCAGCGGCACUGUUUUCCGCUUUAGCGGCCACGUGGUUUGCUAUGACGUGGCAAACCCUACUGGUCAUAUACCUAAACAUGAGAUCGAUUAGGUUUUCCACGUGUACUAUGAGCCCUACGUGGCCGCUAAAGCGGAAGACAGUGCCGCUGACGCGGAAGCUUGCGGUCUACACUCGCUACGCUCGAAAAUACACGUGGCUCGAGCGGAGCGAGUGUAGACCGGAAAAUUCCGCGUCAGCGGCCCCGAGCGCGGAAGCGCGAGUGUAGAUCGGAAAAUUCCGCGUAGGCGGCACGAGCGCACUGCGCGAGUGUGUGUCCCUCUAACUCUACACAGACCUGGAGCGAAAUUGUCCUGCCCCUCUUGCUGUCCGGUCGUUGUAGCCUGCCAUGGCUUAUGUCUUCCCACCCCUGACUCACAUAAGUUAACACACGACCAUACAAGGCGCCCGUUGAGUCAGACGCGAGACGACGAGAGUAUUUUGCAAAAAUAUCCCGAAAAUGAAUUUCGCUUCGAGAUAUUUUCAAUAAAACAUGUGUUCCUUGAAACAAAAUACGGUAUUUUUUCAAAAGGACACACAUUUUCUCAAAAAUAUCUCGAAGCGAUGUCUUUCUCUGUCUCAGAUGACGUCAUCAGACUCCCGUCGUCUCUCGUCUGACACGAGGGGCAAUUUUCUAUUGGAGUAAAUGGUCCUGAACAUGAGCAAUUGGUUUUUCACGUGGAAAACCAUAUAGCCACAUGGCAGGAAGCUUGCGGACCGAGCGCCCUGCGCGAGUGUAGACCGGAAAUUUCCGCGUUAGCGGCACUAUCUUCCGCUUUAGCGGCCACGUGGAUUGCUAUGACGUGGCAAACCUCAUAGCAAUCCACGUGGCCGCUAACGCGGAAGCUUGCGGUCUACACUCGCGCUAGCGCGCUCGAUGAUCAAAAACAAUGGGCGCUAAAUUAUUCAUCUCAAAUUUUUCCCCCCCAAAAAAAAAAUGAGGGCAAGCCGAGAAAUUCGAUCCCAAUUAUGAAUAAUUAAAAUUGGCGCCAUUAAUUAAUAAUUAACAAAUUGGCCAGUGUCGAAUGGGCGAAAGUUGUUCGGGUCGAAUUCGAUUCGUCGAUCGGAAUGUCACGGUAUGUCGAUAUGAUAUGACGAAGAAAGGAAGACAGUGCAUUUAUCAUUCGGAUUGUUUGAGUGGACAGGUGAAUAUGCAAAUACGCUCUACUGCUAACAGCAUUGCUCAUAUUACAAUUUUUGCUAAAAAUACAACAUAGCGUGGGAACUCACAAAGUUGCAAAAGCAUAUGAUGUGACUAGAGCAUUGCUCAUAUUACACUAUAUUUAUGCGGGUAGGCAUUGCUCAUAGUAUACUUUAGCUUGGAAGGUAUGAACUAUGAUUCUGAACAAUUAGUUUAAUAUGAGCAAUACACAUAAUUUGUUAGAAAGUGUGCUCUACUGUAAUGCAGGGAUUUUAAGAAUAUUUAAUAUGAGCAAUGUUUCUUGUUAAGAUGAGCAAUGCACAAAAAAUGACGUCACCCGAAAUUCUCACGCUUUUUGACAUGAGCAACUAGACUCUAGUCAUAGAAGCAUAGAAAAAAAUUAAUUUUUUGAAUAUAUCCUCAAUUUUCCACGAGUUCACUGGAGCGCACUUGGCUUUUUCCAGCGCUGCAAAGUUCAAAACAAGGAUGAUGCAAUUUGCAUCACCGACAUCCAGGCGACAAUCGGAAAUAUCGAGUGUUUUUACGAUUAUCAGUGCUCGGGCGGCGAAAAAUGCACACAAGUUGAGGGGGAGAAGUUUUUGUGUCGAGUUCCGGUAACUCAAGAUCCGAGGAUGAAUCAGAUGUGUUCGAGUAAUGCAGAAUGUCCAUUUCAACAGGUAAGUGAGGGGCUAUGACGUGGCAAUUUGCAAUAAAAAAACAUUUUUUUGAAUUUUUUCUCGAUUUUCCAUUAGUUCAAUAGAGCGCACUUUCAUCUUUUCGCUCAUUUUUCCCGAUUUUUCUUAGGUUUGUCGUCAUUCCUCCGGAAUUUCAAUGUGCAUCGAUGUCUCGAUCGCCAAAAAUCCCUCCCUAAUUCAUCAACACUUUCUCCAAUUCUUCCGAAGCGUUUUUAUCUAG